AGCGCUUCCAUUUCCAUCCUGGGCUCUGUGCUAUUUCUGUCCCCCCUGCCAGCUGCUGUCACUAAUCACGGGCAGUCUCCGCCGGGGCAGCGGGCUGGGUACAUGGCCGGCACCACGUCCUCCUCCUCGGCUUCACCGUGCCCGCACUGAGCGCUGACACUGCCAGGCGCAGCACUCCCAGCCACCAGGGCACAGCCAGGCGCAGCACGCCCAGCCACCAGGGCACAGCCAGGCACAGCACGCCCAGCCACCAGGGCACAGCCAGGCACAGCACGCCCAGCCACCAGGGCACAGCCAGGACAAGGCUGCCAGCAACAAAAGCGCCCUAGACGGCUAGUGGUGGGCUGUAUAACAGGUUUGAAGAGUGAUCAGUAAGGGAUUCACAGUGCCUGGAUUAUGUCACGGUGUUGCAGUAGCCUGCUAUGGGAUGUAAGAAAGCGCUCUCUUGGAUUGGAUGAACCAGAUGUGCUUCGUAUCAACUAUUUAGGAAGAAAAGAAUUUGUUCAGAGACUUAAAUUAGAAGCAACCCUAAGUGUGCACGAUGGCUGUGUAAAUUCCAUAUCUUGGAACAGUACAGGGGAAUAUAUAUUAUCUGGAUCAGAUGAUACAACUUUGGUUAUUAGUAAUCCCUAUAAUAAAAAAGUGCUAACACGGAUCCGCUCAGGUCACAGGGCAAAUAUAUUUAGUGCAAAGUUCCUGCCUCUCACCAAUGACAAGCAAAUUAUAUCCUGUUCUGGAGAUGGAGUUAUAUAUUACACAAAUAUUGAAAAAGAUGUGGAAACAAAUAGACAGAAUCAAUUUACCUGCCAUUAUGGAACGGCAUACGAGAUCAUGACCGUACCAAAUGAUCCUUACACAUUUCUGUCUUGUGGUGAAGAUGGCACAGUAAGAUGGUUUGAUGUACGAAUGAAAACCAGCUGUACAAAAGAAGACUGCAAAGAUGAUAUAUUAAUCAAUUGUAGACGUGCUUCUACUUCAAUUGCUAUUUGUCCACCCGCACCAUAUUACUUGGCAGUUGGCUGUUCUGACAGUUCAGUGAGAAUAUUUGACCGUCGUAUGCUGGGAACAAGAGCAACAAACAAUUACUCAAAUCGAGGCACUACUGGAAUUUGUGUACGGUUCGUACCUUCACACCUUUCAAACAAGUCGUGCAGAGUGACGUCUUUAUGCUACAGUGAAGAUGGCCAGGAGGUCCUUGUAAGCUAUUCAUCAGACUAUAUCUAUUUAUUUGAUCCUAAAGAUGACCAAGCAAAAGCACUUAAAUUUCCAUCUGCUGACCAGAGAAGGGAAGAGAUGCGACAGCCUCCUGUUAAACGUCUAAGACUACGGGGAGAUUGGUCGGAUACAGGGCCUAGAGCAAGACCUGAAAGUGAACGAGAAAGAGAUGGAGAUCAGAGCACCAAUGCAUCAUUAAUGCAAAGAAUGUCCGACAUGCUCUCAAGAUGGUUUGAAGAAGCUAGCGAGGUUGCACAAAGCAAUAGAAGAAGAGGAAGAACGCCAAGUAGAGCAGGUUCCCAGCCAAACACCCCAGCUCCCUCUGCUGCAGCUGUUCCAGAAUCACAGACACCUGCAAAUACCAGCCCACAGGCCUCCACCUCGGACCAUGAUUUACCAUCCUCUAAUUCAAAUGUGGCAGAAAGUCCGUCUUCAAAUUUGCAAGAAGGUGCUGAGCAGUCAGAGCCUCCUGUUUCACCUGCCAAAUCCAUUUAUCCUUCUGAUUCUCCUUCUGUGAUUAGCAAACAUCUUGGAUCCAUGUCACUUGAUGAACAGCGGGGGAGUAUAAAGCCAACCCCAGAAGGAGAGACAAGUGAACCAGUUUUCCAGUUACAUUAUAGUACUGAAGGCACUACUACGAGUACUAUAAGACUGGACUUUACAGACGAAUGGAGUAAUACAGCUUCAAGUUCAGUAGCUGUGAAAGUAGGCAGCACAGAGGAUAGUGCAACAGCAGCUGAACCCAUGCCACCUUGCGAAAUGGAAGGCACAUCUGAGAGUACAGCACAGUUUGAACAGGCAACUGAAAGCACUACAAAAGAAACUUCUAAAAGUCCUGAUCAGCAAACUAGUUCUUCAGGUCAAGAAGAUCAACCGCAAACCUCAGCAAAUUCAAAUCCGACUGAAUCAUCUUCUAUGAGUUCCAAUUAUCACGAAACAGACAGUGAUGAUGAGACCGUUCGGUUACCUCCAAGAGCACAGUCCUCACAAAACAGAUUAAAUAUCGGUGGACCAUCAGUAGGUGAUAGGUUAACGAGGAGAUCUGCUGCAGCUCGUAUUCAAGAACUCUUUAGAAGACGAAAAGAAAGGAAAGAGUUAGAAGAAAUGGACAUGCAAAAUGUACGCCAGCCUUCUUCAAAGAUCGUUUACAAAGGUCAUCGGAAUUCUCGGACUAUGAUCAAAGAAGCUUGUUUCUGGGGUAAGAACUUUGUCAUGAGUGGUUCAGAUUGUGGUCAUAUCUUCAUAUGGGAUAGACAUACUACUGAACAUCUAAUGCUUCUGGAAGCCGACAAUCACGUGGUGAACUGUCUACAGCCACAUCCAUUUGAUCCAAUUUUAGCAUCAUCCGGGAUUGACUACAAUAUCAAAAUAUGGUCUCCACUGGAGCAAAACAAGGCCUUCAACUGGAAACUAGCAGAAGAGGUGAUUUCACGUAAUGAACUGAUGCUGGAAGAAACUCGAAACACCAUUACAGUUCCAGCAUCUUUCAUGUUGCGGAUGCUGGCUUCUCUAAACCAUAUAAGGGCAGAUCGAUCUGAAGGUGCUAGUCAAGAAAACCCAAAUGAAGAUGGGUGAUUUGCACUUCAGUCAAAAGCAUUUCAAAUAUUGUUAUAAGUACUAUAUUUUUCUUAAGAAUCGCUCUUAUGCUUUUUGGUUUGCACAUCUAUGUUUUCGUAUUUUCCUUUUCUUCCUAAAUGCAAGGUUAUUUUUUUGUUUUUGUUUUUUUUUUUCAAGGGAUGUGCAUUU